AUGAAGCUCUUUCUACUCUUCUUUCUCAUUCUGCAGCUCCACGCCCUUAAUCUUACCUUUUCUCUAUCUCCCGACGGUCUCUCCCUUCUCGCUUUAAAGUCUGCCGUUGAUCAAACGUUGCAUGCCUCCGCCUUUUCCAACUGGAACGAACAGGACACUGACCCAUGCAACUGGUCCGGAAUUUCCUGUAUCAACGUUACCGGAUUCUCCGAUCCUCGUGUCGUCGGAAUCUCCCUCUCCGGACUGAAUCUCCAAGGAUACAUUCCGUCUGAGCUCGGUACCCUCGUCUUUCUUCGACGUCUCAACCUCCACGGCAACAGGUUUUACGGUUCUAUACCCCUUCAACUCUUCAAUUCUACGUCCCUCCGCAGCAUGUUUCUUUACGGUAAUAACCUGUCUGGUCCGCUUCCCCCUUCGACUUGCAAUCUUCCUCGGCUUCAGAACCUCGAUCUUUCUCAAAAUUCGCUUUCAGGAUCCAUUCCCAGAGACCAGAGUAAAUGCCGUCAGUUGCAGCGGCUUGUUCUGGCCAGGAACAAGUUUUGUGGAGAGAUUCUGGAUGGAAUUUGGCCCAAGCUGGAGAACUUGGUUAAGCUCGAUCUGUCAUCGAACGAAUUCAAUGGAACUAUCCCGGCGGAUCUUGGCAAUUUGAAAUCGCUCUACAGAACUCUAAACCUGUCCUUCAAUCAUUUCUCCGGCGAAAUCCCGGCAUCACUUGCGAGAUUGCCGGUGACGAUGAGCUUCGAUCUGAAGCAUAACAACCUCACCGGAGAAAUCCCUCAGAUUGGAACUUUUGCAAAUCAAGGCCCGACCGCAUUCCUCGACAACCCUCCUUUGUGUGGAUUUCCUCUCCGGAAACCAUGCAGCGUGAAUCCCCAAAAGAACAACUUAGUGAAUCAGAAUCGGACUUGA